GUUUCAUCCAUCGACAGCCUCAUUUCCGAUGACCAGUACGCCGUCGUGAUGACCGCCUACUCCGCGUUCGGUAUCGUCGUGUCCUUGUUCGGCCUCGUCACCAACGCCGUCAACAUUAAAACGUUCGUUGCCAUGGGGACACAAGAUGGCGUCACGGUGUCCUUCCUCUUCCUAUCGUCUGCCGAGCUCGUCUGUUUCUCGGCGACGCUCGGACAGCAACUGAGCAUGGCGUUGUGGGUCACUGAAAUCUUCAGCCACUACACGACAGUCAUCCCGUAUCACCCCAUGAUCUUUAACCUCUGUUUCGCCAACAUCCGCAACUGCCUGUUCACCAUCCCGGUGGUAAUCACCCUCUACGUAUCCGUGAUGAAGUGCAUGUGCGUGGUCAGACCCUUGCAUUUCAAAAACAUGUUCUCUAAAACCAGAACGAUGUGGGUCAUGUCAGCGAUUUGCGUCUUUGCGGUCGUGAGCUAUCUGCCCAUCUUUGCCACCACUGGGGUCACGCGGCAGUAUGAUAAAAAUAUCAGCAGAACCCGACCCAUGUUCUGGUCAUCGCCCCACAGAGAUCUCAUUAAAAGUAUCGUGUGGACGGCCAGGGAUUCCUUCCCCGCGGUGGUGUCACAGAUCAUCGUCGUCGCCUGCAUCUACGUCAUGUCCAGGACUUUGAUUCGCGCAGCUCGGUUCCAGGGACUCCCAUCACGACGUGAGGACGAGGCUGGGUAGCACGGAGCUGCAGGUGAUCAGGCAGGUUGUGGUCAUCUCCGUCAUCUACAUCGUGGGCAACACGCCCAAGGUGGCUGUAUUCGUAGCGCUGUAUGUCGUCCCCGACUUGACCGUUGGUAAACGCUAUCAGAAUGUGUACGCCAUUCUAAUGAACAGCAGGGAGCUUGUUGAAAACUGCGUGUCCGCUGUUAAUAUCAUAAUU